CAAGUCGCACGUACAAAAGUUAUAUUGUGGUGAAUAUCGUGUAAAAACAUUGUUUUGGCGUUAAACUUGCUGGAGGAGUAGACGUUUUCAGGCAGCGCGUGCACACAGUCGGAUGACGUCGUCGCUGAGUGUUCAGUGCAAAACGUUUCCGUCUGUUUUUAUUUUAACGCGCAGAGAAGUCACGGCUUUAAAUGCAGGUGAUCGAAGGCGGUGCUGAAUGUUGGCCUGCACACUAGUGUUGGUGAUCCUUCUCCAGGAAAUGUGGAGUGUGGCCAGGCUGGCAGCAUUGGCUUUCCCAAUGGGUUUGUUUCUAACCAGGACCAUGGCAUGGAUAUCUAGUGGCAGAACACAUCCCCAGCUUAUAAGCCGUUUGCGAGAGCAUGGAGUUAUCCGUAGUGAUCGAGUGUUCGAAGCCAUGCUCGCCACUGAUCGGGGCAUCUAUUCCAAAGACUACCCAUAUGAGGAUUCUCCUCAGUCAAUAGGGUACAAAGCCACCAUCAGUGCUCCUCAUAUGCAUGCACAUGCUCUCGAGAUUCUCAAUGACAAAUUAACUGAAGGAGCUUCAGCACUGGAUGUUGGCUCAGGGAGUGGUUAUCUCACUGCCUGCUUUGCAAGAAUGGUAGGUCCCACUGGAAAAGUGGUGGGAAUUGAGCACAUAGAAGAACUUGUGCAAGCCUCUGUGAAAAAUGUCCAAACUGAUGACCCAGAGCUGUUAACUUCUGGACGGAUCAAACUAGUGGUGGGCGAUGGACGGUUAGGUUUUCCAGAUGGAGCACCGUAUGAUGCCAUUCAUGUUGGAGCAGCAGCACCGACAGUCCCCAAAGCGCUUCUGGAGCAGCUGAAACCAGGUGGAAGACUUGUGCUACCUGUAGGUCCAGAGGGUGGGACCCAAGUUCUGGAGCAGUAUGAUCGCCAGAGUGAUGGUACUUUUGUCAAAAAGGCACUCAUGGGGGUGGUGUAUGUACCACUUACAGACCGACGUUACCAGUGGCCAGGUGGUGAGCUCUGAUUGCAGUGUGGUUACUCCUGCAGGAGAUGGUUGUGGUGUUGCAGUGCAGAGAACACUUAGGACAGCGCGCAAGGCCCUCACUUCAGCUGUGGAUCGCUUCCCUGCCUGUCACCUCCAUCCAGCUUCUUCAAUUCUCUUAUACUCUAGUCUAAUGACUUUAAUGACCUAUAGCAAGGCGUGUUUUCAUUCAGCCAUUAUUGGAUGGCCCUGAGAUUUGUUAUUGAAAUUGUGUCUUUCCCAAUGGGGUUUAUAUACCAUUUUCCUAAAAAGGAAAUGUAUUUAUAGGUUUGUGUUUCUUAACCCUACCACCACCAUGCUUUUUGCUUGUUUUGUAAACGCAAUGUAAAAUAUUUUCUCACUUUAGUCGAAGCAAUGGCGAGUUAAUUAAAGCAUUAAGGUCAUUAUUCGGACUGGAAUGGCACAAUUAUACGUAAAUCGUAUAUUUAUGUAACUAAUUUAUUAAUAAAUAAGCUAAAAAGAAAA